CUAACCGAACCAAAAAUGUCUCGAAACCGAACCGAAAAUGUCUCAAAUCGAAAAUCUUGGAUAGGAUGGGAGUCAGUCCUCCGGAAAUACUUCUCUGAGGACAAGGGACCAAUAACUAAAAUUGAUCCAAUUGGAAAUUCUCCCGUUAUCGUUGGGAAGGAAUCUCUCAAGAAAAUUGCUCCCACGUGGAUGAAUGUUUCUUUGGCAAUGAAGAAGGAUCCUGAGACAGAUAAAGCUUUUGGUUGGGUUCUUGAAAUGUAUGCUUAUGCUGUUGCAUCUGCUCACCAUGGGGUUGGUAAUAUCUUAUACAAGGACAUCAUGCUUCAGCCUCCGUGGGAUAAAAAAAUUGGCAAGAAGUUCAUAAUUCAUUACACUUAUGGAUGUGACUAUAAUAUGAAGGGUGAACUAACAUAUGGGAAAAUUGGAGAAUGGAGAUUUGAUAAAAGGUCUUAUGAUACUGUCGCACCGCCUAGAAACCUUACCAUGCCUCCACAUGGUGUUCCAGAAAGUGUGGUGACCCUGGUGAAAAUGGUGAAUGAAGCCACAGCAAACAUUCCCAAUUGGGGGGAAUAGGUAAAAGAGCUGGUUGGAGCUGGUGUAGACACUGAGUCUGUAUAUAACAAAGCUGCGCCGCCUUUUGGUACAGAUGCCACUUACAGAAAAGUUGGUGAGAAUUGCCAUGUCUCGCUAAUCAACUUGGGUUGCACACGUCGUGUCAUACACUUGAAUUCAGUUGUUCGUAUGACCAAAUUAUACAAACAUGAACACGAAUUCAUUUUGUGAAUGAUUAAGUUACAUGUAUAGGUAAUGCACGAGCUUGGACAGAGCCGUUGAGUCAUUUGAUGAUCGAAUACGAAGAUGACUACAUUUGCUUUCUCCUA